UUAAGAUAUUAUGCGUACAGCUGCUCCUGUGGGCCACGUUAUACGUCGCAGCCGAUUAUAUUGUUUAGAAUUUGUCUAAAAAUGGCUCCGCAAAUAGUUUUAUUGCUUCUGUUAAGGAGUUUAUUCGUUUAUGCAACAACCAACUCCAAUCCGGAUUAUUCGCGCUGGGAUAAAUCCCGCAUCCCGUACUGUAUCGAUCCGCAAAUGACUUCUACGGAAACGACGGCUAUUAACGCCGCCAUCGCUCUCUUAUCGGGGACCACCGGAGGCAUGAAGAGCUGUAUCACCUUUACGGCGGUGCCGUGUACGUCAACGACGGAUUUUAAGAUUCGCUUUACCAUUCCCACUGGCACAGGAGUAAGCGCCUAUUCGUCCAGUAUGCCGGGUCGUUGGGUACGUGCUCCCUCGACGACCGCUGAGCAGCCAGUCUACCUAGCCCGUGACGCCACCGCCUGCAGUACAACAGCGCGCUGCAUCCUGCGUUACAUUGUCAAUUCUCUGGGGAAGCGCAACGAACAUGAGCGGGGUGACCGUGACUCGUUUAUUACAGUAGCUCCGGAUAGUCAGCUCAGCGUACCGGCAGCAUACCGCAAAUACAACCAAUCGGAAGCAUACUGGGGCUAUUAUGCCUAUGAUUACUGUAGUAUCACGCAUAAUCAACCCGCUGAUUUUGCGACAACGGGUAACGCUUUUACCAUGACCACCAUAACCACGACACCUGGUUGUAUCCCGAAACUGAAUAUGAUCAGCGCCACGGACUGCCAAUGGCUGAAUAUCAUGUACCAGUGCAACAUCGCUUGCGAUGCGUCAAACUUGUAUGUGGCACAGUGCACUACGUCGCAGUGUACCGGCACCGGCGGCACUGGAACCGGCGGCACUGGUACUACCACGCCCUGCACGGUCAAUUUCUGCGCCACGCCAACACCAGCCAUCAACGAAGCGUCCGUGCUCUUCAAUAAUAAAUACUAUGUGUUCUCUGGCACAUGUAUGAUUGAGGUGGACGCCACCACCAAGAUGGUCACACCGACAAACACGAACGGUGUGACCAUCAACAGUAUUCUCGUCGGCGUUACGGGACCGGUAGCGGCGGUAUGGACGGAUCAAAUGAGCGGCACCACAUUUGUCCAGACGCAGGCUGGCCAAUUUUAUUCAUGCGUGGGCGCCACUACGGCCACGACAGCAACAUGUACCCAAGUAACCCAAGGACGCCCGGCCACCAUUACACCCUACACGGCCAAUGAUCUGGAGUUCGAAUGGUCCGGUACCGGAACGGGGCCGUACGCCAUCUACCGUUAUAGCAAUACGGCUAAGCAAUACGUCAAUGAAUACAGCCAGCAACAGAAAGCGCCAACAACCGGCACUGGUGUGACGGCGACAAUCAGCGGAAACUGGCUUGGAGCAUAUUUGGUCAAAACUGGCGCUGGCACAACGCCGAAUGCCGUUAACGUCAUCGGGCUGGAUAGCAGCAGUAAUACGGUGGUGCAGCAGAUGACCUACACCGGUACAGCCGAUACAUUUCAGUGGGCGGGCACCAGCCAGCCCUUUGCCACGGCUCUCGGUUGUUCCGGGACAUCCGGGGGGACGGGUACGACCACACCGUGUUCGGUGAACUUUUGCUCCAAUCCGCCGCCGACUAUUAACGAAGCGUCCAUUUUGUACAAUGGCAAAUACUACAUGUUCUCCGGCACUUGUAUGGUGGAAGUGGACCGGACAAAUAAACUCGUGACAGCGGUCAAUCCAGCUAACGGUGUGUCUAUUACCAGUAUGCUAGUUGGUGUAACCGGGCCGGUAGCCGCCGUCUGGACGGAUCAGAUGACCCAAACUACAUACGUACAAACACAGUCUAGCCAGUUCUACGCCUGCACGGCCACCUCCGCCACGGCCACAUCAGCCACAUGUUCGCAGGUGGCCAGCGGCCGACCGCCCACUAUCACUGGCUACGGGCCAACCGAUUUGGAAUUUGAAUGGGCGCAAUCAUCCACGGGACCGUACGCCAUCUACCGAUGGAGCAACACCGGAAAACAAUACGUCAACGAAUACACACAACAGCAGAAGGCGCCAGCAACGGCGACCGGCAUCACAGCAACAAUUACCGGGAACUGGAAUGCGGCGUACAUGGUCAGGAGCGACGGUAGUGGUACCGCGCAAAACACAGUCAAUGUUAUUGGUGUGGACGGCACCGGUGUCCAGUAUGUGCAGCAGAUGACAUCUACAGCAGCGGACACCUUCCAGUGGAGCGCUGCAGCAGUUCCGUUAGGCACAGCUUUAGCUUGUCCAACAGGAAGCGGCUAAUAAUAAUUUGCGGCUACACAACUGGUUGGACCUAUCCAGAAAAUGUUAACCAUAAGCACAGUAUGAUUUGCUGGCUAUCGAGGGAUGUGACAAGAAUUACACCGUCGUGUAAUUUGCCGUGGUAUAUGUUGAUUAUCGACUCUAUUUUUCUAGUUAGUUGUUUGCUUUGCUGUCGCCCUGAUUGCUCAUGAUAGCUGUUGUUGUUCUUCUUUGUCUGUUUUUCGUAAAUUCGGGAUUUCUAAACUGCAAAGUUUGGUGCAGUUUUCCGCUAAUGCUAUUAUGUGCCAAGCGUCGUUUGCACGCAAGCUACCAUAAAAAUAUGGUGUUUUUAAAUUAUCUUUGACAAACAUAUGGUAUAUAACAACUUAAUAAGCAGACCAAUAAUUAAAACUGAA